AUGGCCAAUAAUCCCCCGUCCUCCGGCAUCCAGCCUGUUCGACCUCCUAUAAUCGGCCAUGUGGGUCCCCCUCCAAAUCCCACACCUCCUAUGUCAAUGCAAUUUCGACCUGUGGUUCUACCACCACCGCCGUCGUUUGUUCCGGUGGCUCCCCCACAGUUUCAGACAGGCGGACAUUCAAACAUGGGGAUUCCACCUCAUCCCCAGUAUCCUCAAGCAUUGCCACCUCAGCAAUUACAUCCACCGCCUCAUCAAAGGCCCGGGCCGGGUCAAGGCCCGUCACUCCCGCAGCCAGAUUUCCAAUCGGCCCGACCCAUGAUGUCAGCUCACGUACAGCAGCAAAUGUCUAAUAAUUUUGUGCCUAGUUAUGGAACUCCCGGGACUUCUCAUGUUACGUACACUGUGUUAUCAUCAUCUGGUGGCCAACAACAAAUGAAUGUGGUCCCAAUAGCCCAGCAACUGCCACUGCCACAGACAGAUGCCUCCAAUUUCGGACAACCUUGGUUUUCUACAGGGAAUCAAAAUGUGCAGUCUGUUAUGUCCGUGCCACUAGUUGCGGAACAAAGCGGUGGAGAACAAGCAUGGUUAUCAAGUGGACCCCAAAGUAUAAAGCCCGUGACUCCAAUGCAGCAGAGUGGGGAGCAAAAUCAUGCUGGGACACAACAAUGGCUACCUGGUGGAGAUCAGAAAGCGGAAUUAUGUGAUUCUCGCCAGACUGGGGAAAAAAUUGCUGCCAUGGGGAAGAAUACUUCACCAGACCUAGCCAUAAAAGUUCCAUCAGAUUGGAAAGAGCAUACUACACGCGAGGGAAAAAAAUAUUAUUACAACAAAAGGACAAAGAUUUCUUCAUGGGAGAAGCCUUUCGAGUUGAUGUCGCCAACUGAGAGGGCUGAUGCAUCGACAGACUGGCGAGAAUUUAUUGCUCCUGAUGGAAGAAGGUUUUACCAUAACAAGGUCACCAAACAAUCUAAGUGGCUUAUCCCUGACGUAGUCAAGUUGGCUCGUGAGCGAUUGAAUGCGGCCCCAUGUGAAGGAAUACCAGCAGGAAAUGAUGUAAAUUCAUCUGGCCUGGAAGCAUUAGCCUCGGUUAGAAAUAACUCAUUUUUGUCGCCCCCAGAAAUGGCGUCAAGCCCAGUUUCGGUGACACCUAGUGGUAAUCAAGAUGGAUCAUCGAGCACGCGGGAUGAGGUUGAUAACUCAAAACCAGAUACAAGCGAAAUGAAAACUCCAAGGGAAACCACCUACUCACUGGUCAAGUCGGGCACACCGGUACCUAUAACUACACCAAUGUAUGCCAUUUUCUUUUAUAAAUUAAUUUAUGAGGCUAAGAAUGCUUUUAAAGCUCUCUUGGAAUCAGCAAACGUUGCAUCUGACUGGAACUGGGACCAGCAGGCCAUGAAAGUCAUAAUAAAUGACCGGAGGUAUGGUGCCCUCAGAACCCUUGGAGAGAGAAAGCAAGCUUUCAAUGAGUUUGUGGGACAGAAGAAAAAACAGGAAGCUGAAGAGAAACGUGCCAGAAACAAGAAAUCUAGAGAAGAUUUUAUGACAAUGUUACGGGAAUCUAUGGAGCUGACAUCAUCAACAAAAUGGAGCCAAGCAGUAAUUAUGUUUGAAAACGACGAACGUUUUCAAGCUGUCGAACGAGUUAUUGACCGUGAGGACCUGUUCAAAGACCAUUUAGAGGAGCUUAAGAAAAUGGAACGGGCAAAGGCGUUGGAGGAGCACAAGCGUCAUAAAGCAGAAUAUUUGGAGUUUCUAAAAUCUUGCGACUUUAUCAAGGCAUGUUUUCAAUGGCGUAAAGUUCAACACCGCUUAGAAGGGGAUGAAAGAUGCUCACGCCUUGAGAAAAUGGAAUGCUUGGAAAUUUUCCAGGAAUACAUACGUGAAUUAGAAAUGCACGAAGAAGAAGACAGAAAAUUACAAAUCGAGGAAUUGAGGAAAAUAGAACGUAAAAAUCGUGAUGAAUUUCGGAAGCUGAUGGAAGAACAUGCUGCGAGUGGCAUUCUUACCCACCAAACUCUUUGGCGAGACUACUCCACGAAGGUUAAAGAUAAUCCUGCGUAUGUGGCUGUAUCUUCGAAUACCUCAGGAUCUACUGCAAAAGAUCUCUUUGAUGAUGUUGUAGAGGACCUUGAGAAACAGUUUUUGGAGGAUAAGGAGAGCAUCGAAGAAGCUAUAAAGAACAAAAAAAUAUCCUUGUUAACGACUUGGAGUCUUGAAGAUUUCAAGAGUGCACUUUCACUUUCAAAAAAUACUAGCACAAAACCAAUAUCAGAUGUCACCUUAAAGCUUGUACUUGAUGAAUUACUAGUAAUUACCAAGGGGAAAGAAGAAAAGGAAGCUAUGAAGCGCAAACGAUUAGCUGAAAAUGUCCAUGCUUUCCUUUUUUCUUUAAAGGAAAUAUCUUCAUCUUCAAAGUGGGAGGACUGCAAAUCACUUAUUGAAGGGAGGUUCAACGGGCAAGAAAGCUUUUUCCGGGACAUAUUUGAUAAGUUCAUUCUCGAACUCAAAGAGAAGGCAAAAGAGAAGGAGAGGAGGCGUAAAGAGGAAAAGGCUAAGAAGGAAAGAGAGAGAAGUCGUCGUGAGAAGAAAGAAAAGGAUAGGAGGAAUAAAGACAGGGGAAGCCACGAGAGGAGAAAGGAGAGAGAGAGACACAAGACAGAUGAAACUGAUAGUGAUGGGUCCGGGUCCCACGAUUUGGAAGACAGUAAAAGGUCAAGGGAGAGAAGUAGUAGAAGGCACCACAGGAAGCACGUGCGGACCUUAGAUGACACGAGUUUUGAUGAUGAUGAUGAUAAAGAACGAUCGAGGUCUCGUAGGCAGAGUGUAGAUUCCAAAAGGUCUAAACAGAUGGACAAGGAUGCUGAAACGGGUUCUGAAAGCCAAAUCAAGAGACAUAAGAGGGAUCAUCGAGAUGCCUUGGUUAAGAUUACUGAACAUGACGAAAGCAAAGAUGGCGAAAUUGACGAGGAUGUCGAGGGAAAAUUGUGCAAGUUUUUAAUAUGGGUUGAGCCUUCUCUGUGCGCCCGUGCUACAAAGAUAAUCUCGAGUGGCUCGGUAGGACUCGUCGAUGGCAUGCAUGGGCUCGAGGACAGUGCGUGUCCGUGUGGGCGUGCGAGCACACUGGGCAGGGAGCUGGAAAUCGUGCUACGAGAGUCGCUCGUUAGAAGCGGAUCGUGCAUUUGA